CACCCCACCCACCUCACAAGAGUUCCGGGUUCUUUCAGACGAAAGCUGCUCGCUGCUGCCGCUCUCACACGGCAGGACCAUGGCUCUUUUACUGGAUAACCAAUUCAAAGACCUGCCUCCUGACAAGGCGAUAGACACAAAGUUGUUUUUGGAGGCUGUGUCUCAUAUUCCUUCAUUUUUUGACUGCUUGGGAUCAAACGUAUUUUCAGUCAUCAAAUCAGACAUUAAUGGCAACAUAACGAAAAUUAGAGCAGUUUACAUGAAGGAUCCUGCAAAGUACGUCACCCUGCAGGACAUUGUGGAGGCAGAGCGAGAAGCCCAUGCAGCAGAGUGGCCUAAAGUUGGAGCAACACUAGCUUUGAUGUGGCUGAAAAGGGGUCUCCGUUUCAUACAGAUCCUGCUGCAGAGUUUGGCAGAUGGAGAAAGAGAUGAGAACAACCCCAACCUAAUUCGGGUUAAUAUCACCAGAGCAUAUGAACAGGCGCUGAAGAGAUACCACGGCUGGAUUGUACAAAAGAUUUUCCAUGUAGCAUUACAUGCAGCUCCAUACAAGUCAAACUUCCUCAAGGCUCUGUCAAAAGGUGAGGAAGUGAAAGAGGAGGACUGUCUUGCAAAUGUGCGUCAGUUUCUGGUGAAUUACACUGCCACUGUAGAUGCCAUCUACGAGAUGUACACCAAUCUGAAAGCAGAGCUGGACUACACUGUGUGACGUCCCGGGACAUCUGUCCACCUCUCAGGGGUCAGACGAAUCCAGUUUUAAAAGGUGUUUUUAAUUGAAUUACUUUUUCUUUCUGUCAGUGUGGUAUUUAUUAUUACUUUGAUAAUGCCUUUUAAAAAUUACUACAGUAUAUUUGGUCUUAAAAUCAUGAAAAUGCCUUAAGAUUUUAAAACAUAACAAAGGGUUAUUUGGUUUGAUUUAAUGAAGGAUUUUCUACAGCAGCUCGUACUGUGCAGAAGGAUGUUAUUGUGUGUGUUUAUUUAUGACAAAAACAGGUGGAAUAUCAUGUAUUCCACAAAGAGAUUUAACAAGUCUGUAAACACUGUUAUUACAUGUCACAAUAUAUGUUAAAACCUUACAUUUCAAAUGUUUUCUACCUCCUGAAGCAGCCCUUGAAGUAGUUUAAAAUUAAACAGCUCGUUUCAGCUGUGCAUUAUUCCACUUGUGCCUUGGUGUUACAGCAAACAUAUCCAAAGCUAAGCAAAAAAGACGUUUGCAAUUCCAUUUUACCUUCAAAGCUAAAUUUAGCAGAGCCAGAACAAUUGCAUCAGAGGGCUUAACCGGAAUGUGUUUGUGUUCAAUAGAAGGUGUGUUAGACCUUUGUUUGUAUUGUAUCUAUGGUUCUAUGGCCUAUUUUAUUCCUCCUUGUCAGAUCUGAUGUGACUUCUUUUAUCAGCAUUAAAAUGUCAAACCAAA